AUGGCGUCUCGACUCGCCGCAUCGCGUAUCGUCCACGCUGGACGUGGAAUCUCUCAACCGACUCCAUUCGGAAAACGAAUGGAUCGAUUAUCGAAUCGAGUGUGGGGAGAGGUCGUCAUGCCAACCGAUACCAAGAGUUUGAAGGUAGUCCGUGUGAUGUCCGCUGAGCCAUACGAGACGAAAGAGCAACUCUCUCCGGAGUACUAUCCGAAUCUCCCAAUGUUUCACUAUUUGACGAAAAUGCUCCGAUUCCACGGCGUCUUUUUCGACGAUCACGUCGUUUUCCGUGACGUUCAAGACAAUCUGAAAACAAUUCGCGGAAAAGUGGUCCGGCCACCCAUCGGACAAGGAAAACGAGCGCAGUUGAGGGGGAAGAAGUGA